AGGCCUGACGCCGGGUAGCCGGAGCCGCCAGGUUGGGGGGUCCCCAGCCAGGCGGGCAGGUCCCCCACCCCACCCACCCCGGUUCCAGCGAUGAGCGGCUCUUUCGACAAGAAGCUCUCCAGCAUCCUCACCGACCUCUCGGGCUCGCUCAGCUGCCAUGCCGCCUCCAAGGACUCUCCCACCUUACCCGAGUCCUCCGUCACCGAUCUGGGCUACUACACCGGCCAGCAUGACUACUACUCGGGCCAGUCCUACAGCCAGCCCGUGAGCCACUACCCUUACCACCAGUUCAACCUCAAUGGCAUCGGCGCCGCCGGCACCUACUCGCCCAAAUCCGACUAUUCCUACAGCCCUUCCUACCGGCAGUACAGCCACUUCAGGGACCAGCAGCUCCCAGCCCAAGAAGCAGUGUCGGUGAAGGAGGAGCCGGAGCCGGAGGUGCGGAUGGUCAACGGGAAACCCAAGAAGAUCCGCAAGCCCCGCACCAUCUACUCCAGUUACCAGCUGGCGGCUCUGCAACGCCGCUUCCAGAAAGCCCAGUACCUGGCGCUGCCCGAACGGGCCGAACUGGCCGCCCAGCUGGGGCUCACCCAGACCCAGGUGAAGAUCUGGUUCCAGAACCGCCGCUCCAAGUUCAAGAAGCUCUACAAGAACGGCGAGGUGCCGCUGGAGCACAGCCCCAACAACAGCGACUCCAUGGCCUGCAACUCCCCCCCCUCCCCGGCCGUCUGGGACAGUAACUCGCACGGCAGCGCGACGGGCCGGACCCCGCUCCCGCAGCCGCUCCCCUACAGCUCUUCCCCCGGCUUUUUGGAGGAGCACAACCCCUGGUAUCACCCCCAGACCCUCAGCGGACCCCACGGACCCCACCAGCCGCCGCCGGCCACCACGAUGCAUCACACCUCCCCGGGGCCACCCCCCAACACCGGCGCCGUCUAUUAACAGCGAGAGAAAGGAACGAGAGACAGUGGCAGAACUCCUUUGCCUCCUUUUUUUUCCCCCCUACUUUUUGGUUUUUCUUCUUUUUUUUUUUUUAAAAAAAAAGGACACCCAUGUACACGCACCCCUAGAUAUACGCUUACAUAUCCUCUCCUCUCCGGGCUCAUCUCAGGAACAAGAGGACUGCAAAGGUUAAAUUCGGAAUCUCCCGGCCCAGGGCAGGCGAGGAAAAAGGUGGAGAAUUCUUCUUAUUGCAUUUUGUUUUUCUUUUUUCCAUCACCCCCUAAUAAAAACGGCCCCCGAGGAGCCACGUCCCGCCGGGGGGUCCCUCACCGGAGCUUUGCUUCUUGGGGCCACCCCCAUGAGCUGCUUUGGGGGGCGGCUGUGACACCCCCCCCCGAGUGCGGGUGGGCACCCAGGAAGGGUGCGAGGGGCACCCGCGUCCCGGUCGGGAUGGAGCCCGUGGGGACGAGGACAGACAGUGGGUGUCCAUCGCCGAUGCCGGAGGAGCGGGAUGUGCGUCGCGCUGGCGGCACCCGAAAUCCGGGGACUGGGAGCAGUUUGGGGGCCCACAGACACCCCACGGGAACAAAGCGGGACCCCCCCAGCGUGGCCGCUUCUGUGGCAGCUUCGCAGGAAUCGCCCGG